GACUGCAGCCACUCUCAUCAUAUAACGACAUGCCAACCAAAUCCAUAAAUAAUAAUCUCUAUCUGUCUUCUCCACGCGUUUCUCAUGUAUGCUUCAAAAUAAACCCAACCCAGAAUUCAUACAACUCCCAAUCUUCCAGGGACCACAAAAACCCUAAAUGCUCGCUAUGCUUUCUUGUUAAAAUCUUGGGUUUUCUUUUGUUUCUGUGUUCGUUUUACCAUAAUCAAAUGGCUUCUAAGCCAGUUCCAAAAAUUUUAAUCAUCUUCACGUUGACCUGUACACUAACAAGCACAUAUUCUCUUCCUUUUGUCGUCUUUCAUGGGCUUUCAGAAAAAUGCAGUACUAGAGGAGUCAAACGUUUGAUCAAGCUUCUAAGCAAGUCUUCAGGUUCUGAAGGAUAUUGCAUAGAAAUUGGAAAUGGAAUAUGGGAUUCUUGGUUUAUGCCCCUACUGGAACAGACUACAAUUGCUUGUGAGAAGGUGGUAAAGCUGUCUGUUAGUUCCUUCUUCAACUUACAGGUGAAGGAAAUGGAUAAACUUAGUGAAGGUUACAACAUAGUUGGACUUUCUCAGGGAAAUAUGGUUGGCCGAGGGGUUGUUGAGUUUUGUGAUGGAGGACCUCCAGUGAAGAAUUUCAUAUCACUAGCAGGUCCUCAUGCUGGGACAGCUUCUAUUCCAUUUUGUGGAUCUGGCUUAAUUUGCAUUCUCGAGGACUGUUUAGUCAAGUUAGAGAUUUACAGAAGCUCUUUCCAGGAAAACUUGGCACCUGCUAGUUAUAUCAAAAUCCCAACUGAAAUUGAUGACUAUCUACAAGGAUGUAGCUUUCUUCCAAAGCUUAAUAAUGAACGUGUAAAUGAUAGAAACUCCACCUACAAAAAACGGUUUGCUAGCCUGCAGAAUUUGGUUCUUAUCAUGUUUGAGCACGACAGAGUUUUGGUGCCGAAAGAAACCUCGUUGUUUGGGUAUUUUCCAGAUGGAUCCUGGAGCACAGUUUUGCCUGCUCAAGAGACAAAGCUCUAUACAGAAGAUUGGAUCGGUUUGAAAACCUUGGAUGAAGCUGGGAAGGUGAAAUUCAUAAACAUGUCGGGGGGCCAUCUUCACAUCUCUACAAGUGACGCGAAGAAAUAUAUCGUUCCUUACUUGGAGGAUGAAGUAUCCAUACAACUGACUAUAACUAACCCAUAUUACAUAUGGUUGUCAUCAAUCUGGGAUUUCAUGAAGGAAUCAGUUGGACUCGCAGCGGAUAGACUUCUUCUCCACACUCUGAUUUAGUGCGAGUGCCUUCAUCUCCGCGUGAGCCGAUAACGUCACAAAAUUAAAUAAAUAAAUAAAAUAAAAUAAUAAUAAUAAUAAAAGAUUUGAAUAGGCUUAUUCUUUAUGUUACUUCAUUUUUGUACCAUCUUUUUUGAUGGAAUUAAUUUUAUAAUAGAAUGUAACUUUUUAUGUAUCUGAGGAACAUUGUAUGCCUUUGGUUGGAGCAAUUCUCAGAUUCAACUGCUUGGGAGGGCAUUCAAGUGCUAGUAUGAGAUCUCAAGUUUGAGUUUACAGAUAGAUAUCAGCGUGUUGUAAUUUUAACUACUAUUAGGGCUAAUUUGGCCUUAAUUUACAUUAUGAUUAAAAGGUUAAUA